AUGUCGUUCGAAUUCGCACCCCUCAGCGCAUCCCAAGCGUCCCGAUCCAUGCGUCUGCUCCUCGCACGUCUACCCACAAAACCGCCCACACCAGGAAUGGACCUGCCCGAUAUCACGACAAAGACAGUCGCGAGCGACACGCUGCAGAAGAUCGAGGUGACGUACAAGAACAAGCAGAAGUUGGUGCUCGAUCACUUGGCUUCCGAAGCCAAUUUGUCCGACUUGGUCAAGAAGGUAGGUACUGCGAUCGACGGUGCAGACAUAGGGCAUGGAACUGACUUUGAGCUGAAAUGA